UGGGUGGGCAGAACGGUGACAAAGUCAAAUAUAUGUGAGUGGCAGCCGCUUUUACGCACAAAAUGAGAGGAAAUCAGCGUUUUCUUGCAGCUGUGGCCUCUAUAAAACAGUUGAAAUUGUAAGAAGUUAUUGAAAUUAUUAAAUUAUUCUGAGAAAGAGUCAUGUAAACUAUUUGGUAAUUAAUGAGGAACAACUGUGAUUAUGAAGAAGGAAGCCGGAGAGGUGAUGGAGGAACCGCUACGAAAUUAGACCAAAACAAACGAACAUUAAGAUUUCAUACAAAGGGACAAAGAAGGUGGUUUUCAUGCUUUCUGGAUUUUAAAUAACUUUUUUGUCGACGAUGCAGAAGAGAUGGAUACGUCGGAAGUUGCCCGUCUUGGUUUUCACCUUUUUCAUCAUUCUGUAUGUGGAUUUCCAAUUACGCACCAGCAGCCUUCCCAAACUCAGCGUGGAUCAGUCACCGGUUGGGUUUGUUUACGCACUCCGGCGGGAUCUAUCCCUGGCCAAGGACGCACAGAACCCGGUUGGAAAUAACAGCGGGCACGGAGGGCUGCCGGCCUCUGAUGGUACAGGUGCACAUGUCACCGAGCCGAAACUGAAGCUCGAGGACAUCUUCAUCGCUGUGAAAACCACCGGGAGGUUCCACGAGACGCGUCUUGCGCUCCUUUUGGAGACGUGGAUCUCCAGAACCAAAGCGCAUGUGAGUGUGUGAAGUGUCUGUUUUGUUUUUGGCUGCUCUGGAAAGUCUAACAUUUAUAUGCCAU